UCCACAACAUCCUAAUGGCUUCAUCCUUCUCCUCCAUUGCUACACUAUUAUUACCCCUUCUCAUCCUCACAACACACCUUCCACUCUCAACACAAGCUGACCUCCUUCCGGCGAUCGCCGGCGACGGCCAAAGCCAUGUCACCUACAUUGUACACGUUGAGAGGCCGGAAAACACCAGUCUUUUAUUCGAUGACGAGUGGCUGACGAGCUAUCACCUCUCCUUCCUACCUAACACCACUCUGGACUCCGGCGAGGCGAGGCUUAUAUAUUCCUACCGCGAGGCGAUAAGCGGCUUCGCGGCGAGGUUGACGUCGGAAGAAGCUGAAAACAUGCUAUCUGCUGAGGGAUUCUUACUUGCUUAUACUGAUCGCCGGCGAAGUCUGCUCACCACACAUACGCCGGAGUUCCUCGGCCUGAGCAGGGGCGGUGGAUUCUGGACCUCCGCCGACUAUGGCAGAGGCACCAUCAUCGGAAUCCUCGACACCGGCGUCGACAUCAGCCACCCUUCUUUCAACGACACCGGCAUGCCGCCACCGCCGCCGCCCCCCCAAUGGCGAGGCGGCUGCGAAUCCCUCAACUGCAACAACAAAAUCAUCGGCUACAAAUCAUUCAUCAAAACCAGCAAUCUAACACCGGCAGUCAACACCACCACCAGCACCGAACACGGCACACAUGUCGCCAGCAUCGCCGCCGGAGUGUUCUUCGACGGCGCAGAAGUCCUCGGCAAUGCUAAGGGGGUCUCCGCCGGCAUGGCCCCCAAAGCUCAUCUCGCCAUCUACCAAGUCUGCUCCCAAGACGGCUGCAGUGAUAGCGAUGUGCUCGCCGGAAUAGAUCAGGCCAUCUACGACCAAGUGGAUCUGAUUUCCAUUUCGUUUGGAUCCGAUGAAUCCAGGCCUUUUUACGAAGACAGUGUGGCCAUCGGAUCUUACUCGGCGCUGAGGCGCCGGAUACUGACAGUAGCGGCCGCGGGGAAUGGGGGGCCGGCGGUGGGGAAGGUGGCAAAUGAUGCGCCGUGGAUUCUAACAGUUGGAGCGAGCACCACUGACCGGAGGAUUACGGUGGCGGUGAAGCUCGGCGACGGAACACAGCUUGUCGGAGAGUCGGCUUACCAACCGAGCUCUUUCAAUUCAACGGAAGCUUUGCCUCUUAUAUUCCCGGGAUUCAAGAUGCGAGGUGGCGGGGAUAAGGGUUGCAGAAACGAUUCAUUCGACGGGGUUGAUAUUGUAGGGAAAAUCGUGUUGUGUGAGACUCGGUUUGGUGCGGACAACAUUGAUAAAGGCAAGAAUGUGAGAGAUGCGGGUGGAGCCGCCAUGAUUGUGUUGAAUCAGGAGGAAGAAGGAGAGACGACUUUAUCAGAAGCUCACGUGCUUCCGGUAGCUCAUUUGAGCUACUCGGCCGGGUGUUUGAUGGUGGCAUACUAUAAUUCUUCGACGAAUUCGAAUGCAAACCCUAAGGCGGCGUUCAUGUACUCCGGAACGAGUUUUGGAGCUCCUUCCUCUCCCGCGGUGGCAUCCUUUUCGUCGCGGGGGCCAAGCGCUAACAAUGGAGGAAUUCUGAAACCAGACAUCAUUGGGCCCGGAGUGAACAUUUUGGGGGCGUGGCCGAGGAAGGUUGGUCCGGAUAAUCUUAUCCGAAUUUCGUCUCCAGAAUCGAACUUCAAUUUUCAGAGCGGAACCUCCGUCGCUGCUCCCCAUCUUUCCGGCAUUGCCGCUCUUCUAAGGAGCGUUCAUCCUCACUGGUCAGCAUCGGCGAUAAAAUCAGCUAUCAUGACAACGGCAAGCACAGAAGAUGCGGGAGGAGAACCGAUCACCGAUCAGCUCAACAACGGCACGACGGCCAGCCGCUUCGCCAUGGGAGCAGGUCAAGUGAAUCCAACAGAAGCCGAUAACCCCGGGCUCCUGUAUAACCUGCACGCACAUCGGUACAAACGUUAUCUGUGCGGGCUGGGAUACACCGACCGACAAGUGACGACGAUCACGCAGCAUCAUUCGAGAUGCUGGAGGUAUCGCCAUGAGGUGGGACCCGAGCAGCUGAACUACCCGUCGAUAUCAGUGGUGCUAGGUUCGCCGGCGACAAAGACGGUGAGCAGGUGGGUAAGGAAUGUGGGAGAGCACAAUGUGUCCUACAACGCGAGGAUUAAGAGGCCUGAAGGGGUAAAGGUGGAGGUUUUUCCUCCUAGGCUAUACUUUCCCCGGCGAUAUGAUACCCGGCGGUUUCAAGUUGUGUUUACAGCAGAUACAAGUAAGGUAGGGAGUGGGGGAGUAGCAGUGGGGCAGCUCUCCUGGGUUUCGAAUGAGCAUGUUGUGAGGAGCCCCAUAUCUGUAACUCUAACUUAGGCCUAUAUUAAGACAUUUAUAUU